GAUUUUUUGACUCUGUCAUGUCAUGCCGUCAAAAAUCAAGUAAAUCAUGUAAAUCUACGACAGAUUUUGAAAAACAUUUUAUUUUACAAAGUAAAUGCAAGUAAAAUUCACUUGGACGUCAUGAACCACCACGUCCAAAAUCCAAAUGCUAUCCAAAUCUUCCCCUUGCAUUUUCUAGUGGUGCAUAUUAAACCAUCAUCUCCUUCUUCUCCUCCACCACCACCACCACCACCAUUUCCCUCCACCACCACCUCUUCCUUCCUCCUCCAUGACCACCGACACUGUCGACAAGCUCGUCAUCUUCCUCGCCAAGCGAGAUGGCAUCGACAAACUAGUCAAGACCUUCCAAUACAUCUCCAAACUCAUCCAUUUCCACACACAAUCCUCCCACCCUUCCCUUGCCAACCGUUUCAAACAAUGGGAGCUCUCUUCCGGCCUAAGCCGAAAGGCUUUCCGCACCGGCCGCUUCCUCACAGGCUUCAACACUCUCCGCCGAAGCCCCACCGUUCAUAUGCACCCUUUCGGUAUACUCUCCAUUCUCUCCAAUGCCGGAGAAAUGGUCUACUUCUUCUUUGAUCACUUUCUUUGGCUUGCUAGAGUUGGCGUCCUCGACGCCUCCCUCGCUCGACGUAUGAGCUUCAUCUCUGCCUUCGGCGAAUCAUUUGGGUACAUAUUCUUCAUCAUUAUUGACUUCAUUAUCAUCAAACAAGGAUUAAAAGAAGAGAAGAGGUUGAAAUCAAUGGAGAUAGUGAACAUGGAGAUGGUUAAGAAGAUUAGAGCUGAUAGAGUGAUGAGGUUAAUGGCCAUUGCUGCUAAUCUUGCUGAUCUUGUGAUUGCUCUUGCAGACAUUGAACCAAAUCCUUUUUGUAACCAUGCAGUAACUCUUGGAAUUAGUGGUCUUGUUUCUGCAUGGGCUGGUUGGUAUCGUAAUUGGCCUUCUAAUUAAUCAAUUAAUCAAUCAAUGUUUUGAUGAUAUGAAGCUCAUCAAUACUGUAUUUUGAGUUUUGAGUACAUGAAAAGAAAGAAUGUAAUACAAAGGUAAUUAAUGUUUAAUCACUUGGAGACUUGUUCA